AUGACUCUGGAUUCUGACGCUUUGGGAGAGCACCCAGAAGCUGAGAGCCAGAGUGUGAGGAAGGCCUCUCGGAGAACUCCGCGAACUCCGAAGGACAUUCCUGCAUCACCCGCGUCUCCACAGCGGAAGCACAUGGAUAGUGUGCUGCAAAGCAUGGAGAGCAGGUCUGGGGCACGCCAGAACACGAAGCACAUAACACGACCUUCGACAACUUCGAAGUGGAAAUUGGCCCGACUGGCCAUCGGUCCGACCGCCGAUGAAUCUCAUUUGACGGAAAUCCAAAAAAUAUUGAAGAAAGUCACAGGUGAAUACACCAGCGUUACACAGAAGGAGGACGUGCUGGAGGCCAUCAUGGCAGAAGCGGCCCAUGCAAGCUACGAGUGUUUAGGACGUUACGAGAUGGAACCUUCGUACACUACUCGGGUUGCCAUGAACACGGCUGCCAUGAAAGGCAAAACUGGGGAGAUAUACCGAAUUUGCCAGAAGAUCGGAGCGGCAGAUCUGGACGGUUUCCCAGACGAGGACGACCGGUUGGUCCAACAGCAUGGCCUGCGGGAGUUCAUGGCACAGCCCGGGGAGAUUACCCUCCUACCAGAGGAGCUCAUGGAGGGCCUCCGCUGCAGGUGCGGACUGGCACUGCCCCUGCAGCGAGGGAAGAAGGCAACCUUCACCAAAGCGCUGUCCGGCCUCAUGUCAAAGAACAACAUGAAGGUCUCUGGCGCUGUUGGCCAGGCUGCUGCUUCGGACCUGCUCGCCGAGCGUGGCUUUGUGUCUCGCUGUGGCGACUGGUGCCUCAUCGGUCUAGUGAAUGGUCAGGGCAGCCCAAAGGUGUCUGGCGCCCUGACGAUGUACGUGGCUCAAGAGAUGCCCAAAGCCAUUUUCCAGAACCCGGCUUUUGUUAGCAGCUUUCCGGAUGUGGCGAAGGGGUUAACCGACGCCUUCGCCAAGGUUCACACCUCCGCUGCCAUGCAACUGGAUGUGACGCUCACAGGAGCCUCGGUGACAGUCGUUCUGCUGAACAAAGAGCACGUUUGGAUAGCCCACGUUGGUGACUGCCGCUGUGUUCUCGCAGUGCCGGAUACCGCUGGCAACGCUCGUGAGUUCCACAUGCUCCCUCAACGUUUGACAGAGGAUCACAAGCUCUGUGUCAAGACGGAGUUUGACAGGACCAAGGAGGCCGGAGCGGAGGUGAGGAAGCUCGUCCACGACAAGGUGUGCCGCCUCUUUGUGGGCGAGUCAAGCUAUCCCAGCUUAGCUGUGACCCGUGGUUUGGGCCAUCGGCUGGGCCACACCGUCGGGGUGACACAUAAGCCCAGCAUCUGCAAGCUGGUGCGCAAGGAUCUUCCAGAAGGGAGCUACAUGCUUCUCGGGAGUGGAGGUGUGUGGGCGACAAUGUCCGACACCACUGCAGUCAAUUGGGUCAACAGGAAUUUGGAUGAUCCGCAGCAAGCAGCGAUGUCGCUCGCGCACGAGGCUAUGAGCCGCUGGCAGGAGCCCGGCAGUCUGGCUAAAGGCAAUCUGAAUGCGAACAUGCCGGAUAGCUUCGGAACCUUCCUGAUUCACUUGGCAGAGACCGACGAGGAGCCUGCCGCGAUCAGCCCUCGGAAAUUCGUUCCGGGGUCGGAUGACAUGACCACUGCCAUCAAGCUGCCUUGGCGCGAGGUGAAGUCCCCGGACCGGCACCAGCAGCUCAGGCAGAUCAUGACGCUGGCGACACCAAGAGAGGGCAUGGCAGCUCGUGUGAUGGACGUGCCGAGCAGCAGGCGUUGA